CUCCUGCUGUGACCAUUCAUUGGUACCAGAAAUAAAAGCCUAGACGACCUCGAGGGUCUUGCUCCCCUCCUGUAGCAGAAGCAAGAUGCAGCCUGCCUUGGCCCUCUGGUUGCCCUUACUGCCGCUCCUCCUGGUGCUUCCAGGACAGACUCAGAACCUCCAGGAGGAGCCUACUCUAAGUUCUGUGAACUGCAACCAGAAACAGCCAGUGUAUGAGCUGGUGAAAAGUGUGCCAGGUUCUGUGGAUGAGAAUGGCCUGUGCCAUUGCGUAGUUCACCUGCCCAACAACCACACCCCCCUGAAGCAGCUGGAGCAGCUACAGGCUAUAACCCAGGAGCUCAUGCACAAGUAUGAUCAGGAGCUCUCCAGGGAGGCCCCGACCUACAGCCUGCUACGCCUGGAGCUGGAGGGAGCACGGGAGUUGGUGACCCAGCUUAUGGCCAAGGGAGGAGGUAGUGUGACUGAGGACCUCCUUUCUCAACUCCAGAGCCAGGUGGCGAAUGCCAGCCUCUCACUCAAGCUUCUGGCUGACUCUGACCAGCGCAACCUACGAGCUUACCGCCAGGAGGUGGAUGUCCUUGAGAGCCGGCUCAUUGAUUGUGAAAGGGAGAAGUGGCAAGAGGCUUCUGGUCCACCCCUGCCCCCUGGUUCUUGUGCCCAUGGAGGCCUCCAGAGAGUCAGCAGACCUCUUGUGGUGCAACUCAAUUGGAGAGGCUUCUCCCACAAGGCAGGUGCCUGGGGUCGAGACUCGACACCCAAUCCAGACUCUUCCCUCUAUUGGGUGGCUCCUCUGAGUUCAGGCGACAGGUACUUUGACUACUACCGGCUGUACAAGUCCUAUGAUGACCUGGUGCUGAUGAAGAACUAUGUGGAGAGGUCAAUGGGCUACGGUGAUGGCAGUGGUAAUACCGUGUACGAGAACUUCAUGUUCUUCAACUACUACGGCACACGUGACAUCGCCAAGGUGAAUCUCUCCUCCAACACUCUGCUGCGACGACGCCCGCUGCCCAGCGCCACCUACAACAACCGCUUCUCCUAUGCUGGUGUGUCCUGGAAAGACAUAGAUUUUGCUGGUGAUGAGAAGGGGCUGUGGGUGCUCUAUGCCACUGAGGAGAGCAAGGGAAACCUGGUUGUGAGUCGUCUCAAUACCAGCACCUUGGAAGUGGAGAAAACCUGGCGCACCAGCCAGUACAAGCCAGCCAUGUCGGGAGCCUUCAUGGCCUGUGGAGUGCUCUAUGCCUUACGCCCCCUGAGCACCCGCCAAGAGGAGAUCUUCUAUGCUUUUGAUACCACCACUGGGCGGGAGCGCCAUCUCAGCAUCCUGCUGGAUAAGAUGCUGGAAACGCUGCAUGGCAUCAAUUACUCCCCCUCGGAUCACAAGCUCUAUGUCUACAAUGAUGGCUACCUGAUCAAUUAUGACCUCAGCUUCCUGACACUGAAGCACAAGCAAUCAAAACUACCAGCUGGAAAGUUCUCCUGGCUUCCUACUGUACCACAUCCGGUCACACCCAAGAAAACUUCCAGGCCCUGACCCCCUGGGGCAGAGUACUGGGAGAAUCAUGUCUCCUUCUCAUCCUCCAGAUGGAUCACCCCCCAAAAUGGCCAUCAGUCCUACUGAUUGAGAAAUGUUGAUUAGAUCUUCAUUAUUGAUGAUUCUUUAUAAUUGAUAAUUCUAUAGAAUCAAUAACUCAAUCUUCACAUUAAAGUUCUUUUUAGU